AUGGGUUGGUUUCUGGGCUCUAGCACUUCCGCACCACCAUCGAAGGUGUCAAUAGUUUCCGAAUACAAUGAAGAAGCUUCAAAACCGAAGCAGCAGUAUUUGGAAGAUUUACCUCCCAAAUUCGAAGAUUCAGAGUCUAGCGGUGGCUCGAGUAGGCCGCCGCCGCUGCGUCAGCCUACAUUGACAGAUGCCGCAAAGUUAAUAAAACUAUCGGAUUUUAAUAUUGAUCGAUUUGUGAGUAUGCCAUGUUUUCGAGAAGCGAUGAUAACUGGAUUUCAAGCAAUGGGGGUCUUGGGUAUCGUUACAUUUUUAGUGCACAAGAAUGUGGGCAAGUCGCUAAACUGGUCGGUAGGAGGUUUUUUUUUAGGUAAUUUGGUUGGAUGGGAACAGUGCAGAUCGCUAAGAAGAAGGUCCUUUGAAGUGAUGGAGAAAGCUAAGCGGGAGAAGGAAGAAAGGAAUAGAAAGAAGCUUGCCGAAUUGAGUGCAAGCCAUCUGAAGGAUGAGAAUUUUGCAAAAUUUCAGGAGUUUAACAAUAGGAAAUAG